AUGUCUGAAGUUGAUAAAGUUGCUGAGCAAGUGCAAAAGACAUACUUGGAUGAUGUCACUGGUGAACAAGUUUCCAAAACCGAGUUGAAAAAGAGACAAAAACAAAGAGCUAUUGAGGCUAGAAAAGCUCAAAAAGCACCCUCUGCUCAAGAUACUAAAGCUGCUGGAGGUGCAAAGUCAUCUAAAAAGAAAAAUGAGUUUGCUGACUUAAACCCCAACCAAUUCCACGAAAUUAGAUCUCGUCAAAUUGAAGAAUUGAGAGAAAAGAACAAUGCCGAUCCUUCUGCAUUCAAUCCUUACCCUCAUAAGUUUGAAGUCACUAAAAGGUUGCACGAUUUUGUCAAAGAGUAUAGUCACUUGAAAAGAGGUGAAUCGUUAAAAGACAUUACUCUUCAAGUUACUGGUAGAAUCAUGACCAAAAGAGAAUCGGGUUCAAAAUUAAAAUUUUACGUUUUGAAAGGUGAUGGAGUUGAAAUACAAGUCAUGGCUCAAGCUCAAGAUGCUGAUUCACCAGAAGCCUUUGAAGAAAUGCACGAUAUUUUGAAAAGAGGUGACAUCAUUGGUGUUACUGGUUAUCCUGGAAGAACCACUCCAGCUAAAGGUGGUGAAGGAGAAUUGUCAGUUUUCGCUCAAAAAGUUCAGUUAUUAACACCAUGCUUGCACAUGUUGCCAACUGAACAUUAUGGAUUCAAAGAUCAAGAAGCCAGGUACAGAAAACGUUACUUGGAUUUAAUUAUGAAUGAUUCAAGUAGGGAAAGAUUUAGAGUUAGAUCAAAAAUCAUUCAAUACAUUAGAAAGUUUUUGGAUGCUCGUGACUUCGUUGAAGUUGAGACACCAAUUUUGAAUGUUAUUGCUGGUGGUGCCACUGCUAAGCCAUUCACUACUCAUCAUAAUGAUUUGAAUAUGGAAAUGUUUAUGAGAAUUGCUCCAGAAUUGUUUUUAAAGGAAUUGGUUGUUGGUGGUAUGGAUAGAGUUUAUGAAAUUGGAAGACAAUUUAGAAACGAAGGUAUUGAUAUGACUCAUAACCCGGAAUUUACCACUUGUGAAUUUUAUCAAGCUUAUGCUGAUGUGUAUGAUUUGAUGGACAUGACUGAGAUGAUGUUUUCAGAAAUGGUUAAGGAAAUCACUGGUGAUUACAAAAUCACGUAUCACCCCGAUGGCCCUGAAGGAGAAGCCAUGACUUUGGAUUUUUCAAGGCCAUGGAAGAGAGUUAAUAUGAUUGAAGAGUUGGAGAAAGUUUACAAUGUCAAAUUCCCCACUGGUGAUCAAUUACACACUGCUGAAACUGGUGAAUUUUUGAAAAAAGUCUUGAAAGACAACAACUUGGAGUGUUCACCACCAUUGACUAACGCAAGAAUGUUGGACAAAUUGGUUGGUGAAUUGGAAGAUGCAUCAAUCAAUCCAACUUUUAUCUUUGGACAUCCACAAAUGAUGUCCCCCUUGGCUAAAAAGGAUAGAAAAAUCCCCGGGUUAUGUGAAAGAUUCGAAGUGUUUGUUGCCACCAAGGAAAUUUGCAAUGCAUACACCGAGUUGAAUGAUCCAUUUGAUCAAAGAGCUAGAUUCGAAGAGCAAGCUAGACAAAAGGCUCAAGGUGAUGACGAAGCGCAAAUGAUUGAUGAGACUUUCUGUAAUGCCUUAGAGUAUGGUUUGCCUCCAACUGCUGGUUGGGGUUGUGGUAUUGAUCGUUUAGCCAUGUUUUUAACUGAUUCGAAUACCAUUAGAGAAGUUUUGUUGUUCCCGACUUUGAAACCAGAUGCCUUAGUUUUGAAAGGAGAGGAGCCAUUAAAGAAUGAUGAUUAG